GUGUGCUGUCCAAACACCACUGUUUACAUUAUUUUACUUCAGCGUGAUAAGAUUUAUAACAAGGGAUUUUUUUUUAAAUUAAAUGUACUGGCAAAAAAUAGUGUGAAAUUACUGUUGAAAUGAAGCUGAAUUAAGUGGCAAUGGCAUAAGAACAUGAUUUUUAUGCUGACAUUAACAAACCGCGGACAUUUCGCAAAGUUUUGUAUGUGUUUGUUAUUUAUAAAAGUUUGUGCCGUGGAAUGAGAGAGCCUUGAUUAGAAUUUCCCCUCCAUUCUCUCAUAUUUUCUUUUAUUCAAUGAAUUUAAUCGCGCUCGCAAGUGUGUGUUGGUAAACAAGAGAGUACGAACUGUCAGUGCUGUUACUUUUCCCUGCCAGCCAUCAGCAUCACAAUCAACGCAAUCCAUCGAAGCUUGUGGUGGUGGCCCGUUUCGCAUCAGCUUGAUACGUGAUCCGCGAGCCGAGCGGAGUUGAGUGCGAGAACAGUGGAAACGACCACCACGGACUGACUGGUGACUGCAGUUGUGUGGCGAAGUUCGCGAAAUAAAGAAGCAAAAUUUGAUCAGCACUCGCGAGGGUUUUCAUUCGGAGGCACCUGGCUUAAUUUUUUUCCUGCAAACGAAAAGUAGUGAAUAAUCACUCGGAGUUCGGAUCGUGUUCAAGAAGUGAAGUACCUAAGCAGCGUUUGGUGCAGCUCUGUUUGUUUGAAUAAUUGACCUCCCGCAGCUGCUCCUUGGUAUCGGAUAGCUGUAAAAUAUCUGGGCGCGGUGUCGUGCUCAUUGGCUUCUAAGGCAUUAAUUUCAUUGUGGAACUAGUGGAGGAAGCGCUGGAGCAGUGAAUGUGCAGUGCUGUUCGUUGUGGGAGAUUUUUUGUGUGGAUCGUGGCUUGUGACGGGGCUUUUCUGAUAUCGAAUCUGGAAAGAGCAGAAUAUGUGCGAUAGCAGCUGAGUGAUUUCCGAUUAGCAGUAACACGAAAAGGGGCGUCGAGUGGUGUCUGGAGUGUGAAAAAUAUACAAACAUAGCUGGAAGAAACCAAAGUGCGAGAUAAGCGAGUGAUAUCAGCGUUUGGCUUUAGUUCGGAAUUCCGGUGGUCAUUAUAAUAGUAGCCAUAUAGAAAGUUGAUAGGGCUGUAGCAACUGGUAAAGUAUUGCAAAAAUUUAAGUGAAUUUAGUUCCCGAAAAGUUUUAAGGCACCAGACCGCUAACAAUGGGGAAACUGCUGAGUUUGCUGGCUCGCGAUGAGUCGACCUGCUGCACUCCAAAGACCUACGAUGUAUUCCUGGACUUUGAGAAUGCUGCCCCCACCGAUCUGGAACGUGAUGUGUACGAAGAAGUGGACCGGGUCCUGAAGCAGUCGGAAAUAGUGCUGGACGAAAUUCAAUGUUACAAGGGUGCCGGUAAAGAAAUACGCGAAGCCAUCGCAGACCCAACGCCCGAGUGUCAGGAAAAGGCAUGGAACAUAGUCAUACCGUUGGUGGAGAAACUAAAGCGAUGCUACGAACACUCACUCGAACUGGAACGGAUAGUGCCGGUGCUUCUCGGACAGUUGGUCGGUGGUCGGCUCAAUCCCACCCAGCACCUGGAAACGCAACAAGCCCUCGUCAAACAGUUGGCCGAAAUUUUAGAGUUUGUGCUCAAAUUUGACGAAUAUAAAAUGAAAACCCCCGCCAUUCAGAACGAUUUCAGCUACUACCGGCGGAUUGCCAGCCGGCAGCGGUUAGACCACAGCAACGACCUGAUCGUCACCACCGAGCUAGCCAACCGGAUGUCACUGUUCUACGCACACGCCACCCCCAUGCUCAAGGUGCUCAGCGAAGCGACGUCCAAGUUCGUGCAAGACAACUCCGACAACGUGGACAACACGACGGAAACGCUCGGCACGAUGGCGAAGGUGUGCCUGCGGAUGCUCGAGAACCCUAAACUUUUGGCUCAAAUCGAACGGGAAGAAACGCACCUUCUGCUACUGCGGGUCAUGGUCGGGCUCGUGAUACUUUACGAUCACGUUCACCCGGUGGGAGCGUUCGCCCGCGGUGCUCACGUCGACGUCAAAGGGUGCGUCCGGUUACUGCAAGCCCAGCCCGCCGUCAAAGCCGAACCCCUGCUCAACGCCCUGCGGUACACCACCAAACACCUGAACGAGGAGAACACACCGAAAAACAUUCGGAAUCUUUUGGCCGCAUAGAGGUACGGUUCCCGGCGAGGGGGUGCAAUGUUUUAGUUUUUGUGACCUUUCCGUUUCGUUCGUUUCUUGUGUAAGGUUUUGUUUCUGUGUUUGUUUUCUUUUAGCUGAUAACUAACUUAAAUCGAAUUAGAAGCGCCGUAAUAUUAUUUAGGGAAUGCUAUUAAACCGUGUAGUUUAGUAAUUAAUAUUUGAUAAUCGGUUAUAAGUGCGUGAGAGAGCGUGGAAAAACCAAACAAAACUACUGUUUAUCUAGUUAAAAUAUAAUUUAAAAGAAUCGACUAAUGAUUAAAGCGAAUCAAAUCAAAUGAAAGCGUAGCAGAUGUAGAAGAAAUAUAUUCCUCUUCCCUUGUUUUCUUAGGCAAGAGAGUUUCUCUAAAUCAAUUGAUAUGAAUUAUAAAUAAAUUAUAUUCAUUUAGGUAAACUUUUGAAUAUGUGAAGCUAUAGAAAAAAUGAACAGUGAUUCCAAUGAGAUGAUAAACGCAUGCACACUGAAGUAUUUAGUAACCCUAGAUCGAAUAGACAUCUAAACUAUUAAAAUUUCCUCAACAUAAUUUUUCGCGUCUUUACUGUUGUUAUUGCCUAAAUAGAAUGCAACAAAAAUGAAAAUCUUUUUACAAAUCGAACCAUUGUUGUAUAGAACAAAUAUUUUGAGAUUAUGGACGCGAGUGUACACGCACUUUACGCUUUUUAUUGUGUCUAGGACCUAACUAAUUUCGUAGCACUCGGAAACAACACUUACAUCAAAACAACCAAAAUGUGUUCCUUUUACAUGGCAGAUUAGAGCAAACUCAAAUUUCAGAACUUUUUUCCUAAGUACAGGCACUAACAGAAUCAGAACAGACAGUAAUACAGCAAAUCAAAAGAUAAUAACAUGGGUUUAAACAAGCUUUACGUUGCAUACGUUUGACACAACUACGAGACCCAGUGAAAUGGUACCGGAUCGCGUGUCGUGUUCUUAGGCGAUUUCUCGUUGAUUGUAAUCAACUUGUAAGUAGGAUACAAAGAAAUUUAUCAAAUAUAUAAAACAAAAACUCUAUUUAAAUACAAACGAGACAACAUAACGAAGCUACUGAGAGUAGCCAGGUUAACAUGGAUGCAUUUGAGAGGAUUUACCAAGUUGGCAGUGCAAACGCACUACAAAAUAGAAUGAAGAAACUAACUACACUACACUGCUAUAAUACGAUUGCACACGAACACCCAACACAACACAUAAUGGUUAUUAUGAUUACAAAGACGAUUACAGUAGACAUUCGGUAACUGCAAGGCCUUUUAACUGCACUUGAAUGCAUUUUGUUUGCAUUUGGUAUGUAAAAUGCUUUACACUUAUCGAACGGCUAGUGUUGUAUUACUUUAGAAGUAGAAUAAACGAUACAUAAGAACAAUUUACCCAUUGAUACAAACUGAACAGUCUCAAAAAAAAGCAAAUGCUUGUUUGUAUAAAACUCAUAACUUUUCAGUUAGAACUGAACUUGUGAAGGCAUCCAAAAAUGUUUUGCUAGACUAGUGGAAAAGAUGAAAGUAGAGAGAAAGAGAUUUGAAGAGUAUGGAUGGUUAUAAGAGAUACCAAAGUCGAGAAUAAAAUUCAAUCAAGUGAUGAAAGGAUAACUAAUAAGGAAAA